CAGUGGAUUCACUCCGCCUACUACAUUCGAUAGUCAAAAGAGUAAACAGAACAUUGGGAGUAGAGCACGUGGACUAGACUUCUGGAUGCUUAUAAUGGAGGGCGGAUGCUACGGAGAAGUAAAUCAACUUGGAGGUGUCUUUGUUAACGGAAGGCCGCUCCCAAAUGCUAUUCGUCUCCGGAUCGUAGAGCUGGCUCAGUUAGGAGUACGUCCAUGUGAUAUUUCAAGACAAUUAAGAGUGUCACACGGCUGUGUGUCAAAAAUCCUUGCCCGUUAUCACGAAACUGGAUCCAUUUUACCCGGUGCUAUUGGUGGCUCUAAACCACGUGUCACGACACCGAAAGUAGUGUCUUACAUUCGAGAGCUAAAGCAAAAAGAUCCAGGCAUUUUCGCCUGGGAAAUUCGAAAUAAACUGAUUGACGAUGGAGUUUGUGACAGUUGCAACGUACCAUCUGUAAGUAGCAUCAGCAGAAUUUUACGACACAAAAUCGGAGUAAGCACAACCUAUGGAGGUUUGGACAAAGAAACUGCUCGCCACCUUUAUGGAGCAAUAUAUCCCUAUCCUUGCAAUGGAAGUCAAGCUCAGCAACCUUCUCCAGCGCAUUCUUCGAACAUUCCGCUCUCAAUAGCAACAAAAGUGAACGUCUCUUCUCCAAGCCCUUUGACUCCAAGAGCUUGGCCUUCCGCUCAUUCAGUUUCCAACUUAUUAGGGCAUUCUAUGGGAUUCCAACCUUCACCACCCAUGGGAGUUCCUGCAGGAGGUCAGUUUGCUCAAUUUCCAACAGCAGAUGCUGCUGCCGCCGUAGUUGCACAAGCUGCUCAAAAUUACAACUACUAUAUGUACCAUUUACAUGGACACCACCAUCAUCAAAAUACAGCUGUUCCAGGAUUUGUUCCCUCAGUUCCUCAACCAGCCCAAAAUUUAUCUCUUGCUACAACAACAGGCCCGCUUUGA